UUUUACGUCAUCGUUUGCUUAUCAAUUUUCUGUGGCUCGAUUAUUUUCAUCCGAAAGAACUUUUUUGUUUACAUUUUGCUGCCGGCUAAAUUAUAAAACAAAAUAAAAUAUUUACUUAGCAAUGACCGCUUAAAAUGUCCCUAUUCGAUAAAACCUUCGAACCAUUGGUUCAUCAGAAAACAAUUGACUGCAAUCAAGGAGCGGUUCGAUCUGUACGUUACAAUGUUGAUGGUGCUUAUGCCCUAUCUUGUGGCUCAGACAAAAAAGUCAAACUAUGGAACCCAACUACCGGUCUCUUACUCAAAACCUAUGGGGGACAUGCCGACGAGGUAACUGACGUAGCCGGAAGCUGUGACAGUUGCCACAUUGUGACUGCUAGUCUGGACAAAAGUAUCAUCUAUUGGGACGUUGCUACUGGCCAACAAUUGCGUCGCCUGCGAGUCCAUGCCGGCGGAGUGAAAUGUGUGCGAUUCAAUGAAGAUUCUUCGAUAGCUAUUUCGGGUUCCAGAGAUAACAGCGUCAUGUGCUGGGAUAUUCGAACUCGCAAACUCGAACCAGUCCAAACAAUGAAAGAUGCUAAGGAUUGCAUAACCUCGAUUGUCAUUGACGAUCAUAAAAUUAUAGCUUCCUCGCUUGACGGAUGCAUUCGACACUAUGACAUCCGAGCUGGAGAAAUGACCUGCGAUGAUUUAGGUGUGGCGGUAACGUAUUUAGUACAAACGAAGAAGUCAAAUUGCGUCGUUGCUGCAUGUCAGGAUGGAACUGUUCGACUGCUCGAUAACAACGAUGGAACUCUUCUCUCGGAAUACGAAGCACAGAACCCGGAUCAAUAUCAAAUCGAAUGUGGUAUUAUGGCUAAUGAUUUGCACAUUGUCUCUGGGUCAAGUGGAGGACAGGCUAUCAUUUGGGACUUGUUAGAGGGGACAGUUCUUCAAAAUGUGCUAAUAAGUUCCCAUGGAGGAGUUGUACACUCCCUAUCAACGCACCCCUCUAGAAAUAAACUACUUCUGGCUAGGAAAAGGGACAUGUUUGUGUACUCCACAGCAGAAGAUCAAGAAGAAGUAGCAAUACUUUAGCAUUUAUUUGACAAAACAAGUAGAAAUAAAACAAAAAAGUUAACAUUUUUAACAAACA